UACUAUCCAAGUGACAUAUUACUACGUGACCCAAAUUAUUUUACAUUAUGAGUUUGCUGGAGAUGGAACCAAUGGCUUCGGCUAUUGGAGUAUCGAUACCAGUGCUCCGUUUCUUACUAUGUUUCGUUGCAACCAUUCCUGUGAGUUUUUUCCAUAGAUUUGUUCCUUGCACCAAUGGUAGGCAUAUUUAUGCUGCCAUAUCAGGUGCUGUUCUGUCCUACAUGUCGUUUGGAUUGUCGUCCAAUUUUCAUUUCUUGGUGCCUAUGGUUUUGGGUUAUGCUUCUAUGGUUUUCUGCCGUCCUUAUUGCGGGAUCAUCUCUUUCUUCCUUGCAUUUGGAUAUCUUAUUGGAUGCCAUGUGUACUACAUGAGUGGUGAUGCAUGGAAAAAGGGAGGAAUGGAUGCUACAGGAGCUCUUAUGGUGAUUUCGCUGAAAAUAAUUUCAUGCGUGAUGAAUUACCAAGAUGGAUUAUUGAAGGAGGAAGAUUUGCGUGAAGCUCAAAAGAAAAAUCGUUUGCUCGAGUUGCCAUCAUUACUUGAGUACUUUGGUUACUGUCUCUGUUGUGGAAGUCAUUUUGCAGGACCAGUAUAUGAAUUAAAGGAUUACCUUGAAUGGACAGAGAGAAAUGGUAUCUGGAAACCUUCAGACAAAGGACAACCAUCGCCUUUUGGGGCAACGUUAAGGGCUAUUCUUCAAGCUGGUCUAUGCAUGGGAUUGUAUAUCUAUCUGGUGCCUCUUUUCCCAAUUUCUAAGUUCUUGGAUCCAAUGUACCACGAAUGGGGUUUCUGGACACGGUUGGGUUACCAAUAUAUGGCUAGCUUUACUGCACGAUGUAAAUAUUAUUUCAUAUGGUCAAUCUCAGAAGUUGCUAUCCUCGUAUCUGGUUUCGGUUUCAGUGGUUGGACAGACAUGACUAAUCCACCAAAACCACAGUGGGACCGUGCUAAAAAUGUUGACAUAUUAGGUGUUGAGCUUGCAAAGAGCUCAGUUCAGAUACCUCUUGUAUGGAACAUUCAAGUUAGCACCUGGCUGAGGCACUAUGUAUAUGAGAGGCUUAUACAGAAGGGAAGGAAGCCUGGUUUCUUCCAGUUGCUGGCCACACAGACUGUUAGUGCUGUAUGGCAUGGGUUAUAUCCUGGCUACAUCAUAUUCUUUGUUCAGUCUGCUUUGAUGAUUGCUGGAUCAAGAGUCAUUUACAGAUGGCAGCAAGCUACAAGUAGUGCUCAGUUUCAAAAGAUGCUGGUAUUCAUGAACUUUGUAUAUACACUGCUGGUGCUGAACUACUCUGCUGUUGGAUUCAUGGUCCUAAGCCUGCAUGAAACACUUACUGCUUAUGGAAGUGUAUACUAUAUUGGAAGUACUGUACCAAUUCUAGUGCUCCUUCUUGGUAAAAUGAUUCAGCCAGCAAAACCUGUCAGAUCUAGAGCCAAAAAAGAAGAAUGAAUCAGAAUCUGGUUUCUGGAGAUUGUUUUUUAGAGUUCUUGGUGGAAGAGUAGUGCUGUUCUGAUUUGUAUAAAUCAUCAGUUUUGAUUGCUGUAAAGUACUAGUUAGUUCAGCUGUUGGAGUUCAUUCAUUUUUUUUGUGCGGAAUGCCCUUCAAAGGCACGGUCUUUAACUUUUGCCCCUCAAAUUUGAAAUCUUUAAUUUUUGUCGUUCGCCUAAAAUCCAUGAGUUCUGGGUUUGAACCAUCGCUCAGUCAAAUAUUAAAAAAAAAUUGCAAGGCAGAUGUUUGUAGCAAAGUAAGGUCUAUUCAGGCAUAAGUCUGACUGAAUAGGCCUAAUUUUUUCCAACUAAGUAUUAAAAAAAAAAAUGCCUAAAGGCAAACC